AUGGGAGAGAUGAAUUGCGAGGGAAGACACACACCGAGGCUGCGAGGGUCCUUGCUUCGGGACACCCUACCCCUGCGCACCCUACCCCUGCGCACCCUACCCCUGCGCACCCUACCCCUGCGCACCCUACCCCUGCGCACCCUACCCCUGCGCACCCUACCCCUGCGCACCCUGACCCUGCGCACCCUGACCCUGCGCACCCUGACCCUGCGCACGCUGACCCUGCGCACCCUGACCCUGCGCACUCUGACCCUGCGCACUCUGACCCUGCGCACUCUGACCCUGCGCACUCUGACCCUGCGCACUCUGACCCUGCGCACUCUGACCCUGCGCACUCUGACCCUGCGCACUCUGACCCUGCGCACUCUGACCCUGCGCACUCUGACCCUGCGCACUCUGACCCUGCGCACUCUGACCCUGCGCACUCUGACCCUGCGAACUCUACCCCUGCGAACUCUACCCCUGCGCACCCUGACCCUGCGCACUCUGACCCUGCGCACCCUACCCCUGCGCACUCUGACCCUGCGCACCCUGACCCUGCGCACUCUGACCCUGCGCACCCUACCCCUGCGCACCCUACCCCUGCGCACUCUGACCCUGCGCACCCUGACCCUGCGCACUCUGACCCUGCGCACUCUGACCCUGCGCACUCUGACCCUGCGCACUCUACCCCUGCGCACCCUACCCCUGCGCACUCUACCCCUGCGCACUCUACCCCUGCGCACUCUGACCCUGCGCACCCUGACCCUGCGCACUCUGACCCUGCACAGUCUGACCCUGCGCACCCUACCCCUGCGCACCCUACCCCUGCGCACUCUACCCCUGCGCACCCUACCCCUGCGCACUCUACCCCUGCGCACCCUACCCCUGCGCACCCUACCCCUGCACACUCUGACCCUGCGCACUCUACCCCUGCGCACCCUACCCCUGCGCACUCUACCCCUGCACACUCUGACCCUGCGCACUCUACCCCUGCGCACUCUGACCCUGCACACUCUGACCCUGCACACUCUACCCCUGCACACUCUACCCCUGCACACUCUACCCCUGCACACUCUACCCCUGCGCACUCUGACCCUGCGCACUCUGACCCUGCGCACUCUACCCCUGCGCACUCUACCCCUGCGCACUCUACCCCUGCACACUCUACCCCUGCGCACUCUGACCCUGCGCACUCUGACCCUGCGCACCCUACCCCUGCGCACUCUACCCCUGCACACUCUACCCCUGCACACUCUACCCCUGCACACUCUGACCCUGCGCACCCUGACCCUGCGCACUCUGACCCUGCGCACCCUACCCCUGCGCACCCUACCCCUGCACACUCUACCCCUGCACACUCUACCCCUGCACACUCUGACCCUGCGCACUCUGACCCUGCGCACUCUGACCCUGCACACUCUACCCCUGCGCACUCUACCCCUGCACACUCUGACCCUGCACACUCUGACCCUGCGCACCCUGACCCUGCGCACUCUGACCCUGCGCACCCUACCCCUGCGCACUCUACCCCUGCACACUCUACCCCUGCGCACUCUGACCCUGCGCACUCUGACCCUGCACACUCUACCCCUGCGCACUCUACCCCUGCGCACUCUGACCCUGCGCACUCUGACCCUGCGCACUCUGACCCUGCGCACUCUGACCCUGCGCACUCUGACCCUGCGCACUCUGACCCUGCGCACUCUGACCCUGCGCACUCUGACCCUGCACACUCUGACCCUGCACACUCUGACCCUGCACACUCUGACCCUGCGCACUCUGACCCUGCGCACUCUGACCCUGCACACUCUACCCCUGCGCACUCUACCCCUGCACACUCUACCCCUGCACACUCUACCCCUGCACACUCUACCCCUGCACACUCUACCCCUGCACACUCUACCCCUGCACACUCUACCCCUGCACACUCUACCCCUGCACACUCUACCCCUGCGCACUCUGACCCUGCGCACUCUGACCCUGCGCACUCUGACCCUGCGCACUCUGACCCUGCACACUCUGACCCUGCACACUCUACCCUGCACACUCUACCCCUGCACACUCUACCCUACCCUGCACACUCUACCCCUGCACACUCUACCCCUGCACACUCUGACCCUGCGCACUCUGACCCUGCACACUCUGACCCUGCGCACUCUACCCCUGCACACUCUGACCCUGCGCACUCUGACCCUGCACACUCUGACCCUGCACACUCUGACCCUGCACACUCUACCCCUGCACACUCUACCCCUGCACACUCUGACCCUGCGCACUCUACCCCUGCGCACUCUGACCCUGCACACUCUGACCCUGCACACUCUACCCCUGCGCACUCUACCCCUGCACACUCUACCCCUGCGCACUCUGACCCCUGCGCACUCUGACCCUGCGCACUCUGACCCUGCGCACUCUGACCCUGCGCACUCUGACCCUGCGCACUCUGACCCUGCGCACUCUACCCCUGCGCACUCUACCCCUGCGCACUCUACCCCUGCACACUCUGACCCUGCGCACUCUGACCCUGCACACUCUACCUCUGCAUACUCUAGGAGACAUUUAGAUAAUUACUUUGUUUUUAACCGUGUUUGA